AUGGCGUGGAGCGAGGAGCGCGACGAGUGGGCUAUCGCUGGCAGCGAGGGCGACGCGAUGCGGCGAAUGGGGCAGCUGGCCCUGGCGGACGUGACUCGCCUGCUGCUGGACGGCGAUGACGGCGAUGCGGGUGAGGGGAAGGCGGGUGACAUGAGGGGAGGGAACAGCGAUGGAGGAGCAGCUGAGGGCGACGAAGGGAGAAAGGAAGGCGGGCAGUGGCAUGAAGGCGAGGUACGAGGAGGAGGCGGAAGGUGCAAGGAAGGCGAAGAGGGACAGCAGGGCGAGCAGGCGCCAUGGGCGGGUGGGAGCACAGCUUGGCAGGCAGCAGCCACAGCACCCAGUCACACCAACGAUCGUGCUGUUCUUGGUGCUGCCAGUGCCGAUGCCAGUGCUGAUUCAUAUAGUCCCUCUACCGCCCCCGCUGCCCCUGCUGCUGCCGCCACUGCCCCUACUGCCGCGGAUCCAGACUCUGCUGCCGCUGCCUCGAGUGCCACUGCUCUCCCCAUCGCUGCUCAUGCUGCCCACGGGAGCAACCAAGCCACUGUGGCGGGCACGGAGCGCUCUGCUGCAGGGGUGGAGGGCAUGGCAGCAGCAGGUGGAGCAGACGACUGGCUGCACGUGCUGCACGACGACGCCCACUGGGACCUGCUCCCUCCCUUCUCCCUACCGCCCCUCGCCCUCCCUCCCCUGCAUCUGCCCGCCUGCCCUACCAUGCAUGCCCCUCCAAUGCACCCUACCGUUCACAACCGCCUCGGGGCGGGGCAGCGGGGGAGUGCAGGCGAGGGCGCCGUGGGAGCGGCGGACAUCUCCCAGAUCGGCUCGUGCGGCGACCUGGUGGCCGCCGCUGGGGGCGCCCCCGCGCUGCCCGCCAGCCCUGGCCUCGGCGCCGCGUGCUGCAGCCCCGACGGCGCUGCGUGUGGGUCGGGCGUGUGGCACGCCCUGGGGGCGCGCCUGGGCUCUGGGCUGCCCAGCGACGCCAGUGGCAGUGCUGGCGCCGGGGGCUUGGGCGGUGGCACGCGGGCGAGGAGUGCUGCUGCUGGCGGCAGUGGCAGUGGCAGUGGGAGAUGCAGGGGCGAUGCGGAGGGAGUGGCGCGUGGCAGCGUGGCAGCAGAGGCGAUGAGCGAACGGGAGAGGGCAGCAUCAGCAUCAGUGGAGCCAGUUGGAGGCGGAGACGAGAUGGGGGAGGGCGUGGAGGGUGGGGAGCAGGGGGCGGGGGGUUGGGCGGUGGGCGACAGCGAGGUGGAGGGGCCGUUUGCUGCGGCCCUUGUGACGUGCGUCCACUGCUCCUCGCUGCUUCAGGUGGACAUGCCGGCCGCCAUCCCCGCUGCGGCCAUCUGCACGCUCUCCUGCGGCCACUGCUCCGCGCUCCUCGCGCUGCCCUCCAACGCCCUGCCCGCCAUCGCUCGCACGCGCUGCGCUCGCCCGCUCACACCGCCUCAUGGCGCCGGGGUGCACGUGGCAUCUGCCGCUGCUGGCGGGGGGGCGAGGGGGGCCCACAGAGGAGCGCUCAGCAAUGACGCGCCGCCAGGGGCGCUCGCCCCGCUGCCUGCUGGGCGCACUGUGCACGCGUGCGGUGAGGCGCUGGCAGCGCGUGUGGAGUCCGUGGAGCGCACGUGGUGCGACGGCAGCCCCACAGCGGGUGACAGCGCUGGGCUGGCACGCACACCGCGCCGUGUGCUGCCUGCUGUGCCCCGUGGGGCGAUAGCAUCGGUGGGGAGUGGCAAGCGAGGCCAGCUGGCUGUUGCUGGGGAGAUGGCGCUGCAGGAGGGCAUGGGCCAUGAGGUACGUGCCUGGAGGGCAUGGGCCAUGAGUCCUUCUCAUCCGCCCCUCGUCCCACCCCCCCGGCAGCCACUCUUCCCGCGCAUGCACCUGCCCGCUGCGCUGCGCUGUACCACCGGACCAUCGCACCCCUCCCUGCCGCUCACGGCGGCCCACCUCACCGUCGCUGCUGACUCGCAAGAGGCGGCACCGGCCAGCGAUGGAGGGGUGGGUGGGGCGGGGAGUGCGGCGGAGAGCAAGAGGGCGCAGCGAGCGCUCAGGAAGCGCAAGCGAGCCGCCACUCUCACUGGUACGCCCACCCGCUACUGUCACUGGUACGCCCACCCGCUACUGUCACUGGUACGCCCACCCGCUACUGUCACUGGUACGCCCACCCGCUACUGUCACUGGUACGCCCACCCGCUACUGUCACUGGUACGCCCACCCGCUACUGUCACUGGUACGCCCACCCACUCGUGCCUCUUUCUCCCAUCUUGCUCGUGCCUCUUUCUCCCAUCUUGCUCGUGCCUCUUUCUCCCAUCUGCACGCUCCAGCAGCUCGUGCUCACUCCCCCUCGCUGCAUGCCUCGGCCCGCCCCGUGUACCCAUUCAUCGCAUGGCAUGUGCACCCUCUCAUGGCAUGUGCACCCUCUCAUGGCAUGUGCACCCUCUCAUGGCAUGUGCACCCUCUCAUGGCAUGUGCACCCUCUCAUGGCAUGUGCACCCUCUCAUGGCAUGUGCACCCUCUCAUGGCAUGUGCACCCUCUCAUGGCAUGUGCACCCUCUCAUGGCAUGUGCACCCUCUCAUGGCAUGUGCACCCUCUCAUGCCAUGUGCACCCUCUCAUGGCAUGUGCACCCUCUCAUGGCAUGUGCACCCUCUCAUGGCAUGUGCACCCUCUCAUGGCAUGUGCACCCUCUCAUGCCAUGUGCACCCUCUCAUGGCAUGUGCACCCUCUCAUGGCAUGUGCACCCUCUCAUGGCAUGUGCACCCUCUCAUGGCAUGUGCACCCUCUCAUGGCAUGUGCACCCUCUCAUGGCAUGUGCACCCUCUCAUGGCAUGUGCACCCUCUCAUGCCAUGUGCACCCUCUCAUGGCAUGUGCACCCUCUCAUGGCAUGUGCACCCUCUCAUGGCAUGUGCACCCUCUCAUGGCAUGUGCACCCUCUCAUGCCAUGUGCACCCUCUCAUGGCAUGUGCACCCUCUCAUGGCAUGUGCACCCUCUCAUGGCAUGUGCACCCUCUCAUGGCAUGUGCACCCUCUCAUAGCAUGUGCACCCUCUCAUGGCAUGUGCACCCUCAUGGCAUGUGCACCCUCUCAUGGCAUGGCAGGGUGUAA